GGCGGAUGGCCCCUCCGGUACGCAGGACGGAUACCUGGUAAAUUAUGAAAUUGCUCUGGGAGAUGAGCCUUUGGGUCAUCCUCUUCCAUUGCCCGCUUACCUAACUGACCUUAUUGUGUUUCUCCAUAGGUUCCAGUGUCUGCUUACGGUCCGCAGAUAGGGGAGUCCGUACCAACUGCAAAAGACACGAACAUCACCCUGUGCAGCAAUUCUGCCUGCCCGCCUCGAAACCCACUUCAGCCCAGAUAGAACCACAUUCCUCGCUCCCCCCAUUCCACUGUUUCUCGUACCGGUAGGGCCCAAGGCCCAAAAGGCCCCUUCCAGGUUGUUUCCAGGUUCUUGAACCCUCGACUCGAUACCCAGGGCCACUCCCGGUGGCUCACGCUCUGGUCCCUGACCCGUCGCCAGGAUGCCAAUGCACCGGCGAUGCAGAGUUGCAAUCCCGCCGCCUUCCUUGCCUCGCCAGGCCUACCUCACUCGUCACUUUCACAACUCCGGCCUUGCCCCUCAUCAACAAUUAACGUCAGUCUUCAUCAUCUUGCAGGCAACAAGUAACAGAUUGCUUGAUGCCGAAGCAAUCUGGCCUCUUCCAAGUCCGGAUACGACUUGGCUCUUGUUCGGACUUUUGCUACGUGUCUCUUGUCUCUUUGCCUAGAGCCUUCUCCACAAGUCAAUACGCUUUUGGCCAAGUCUCGUGAUACCCAGCAAACGGCAACUCCUGGGAGACUCCUUGAGUCUUUGCUCACUUUCUCAUAAUAUGAACUACCAAGACUGGUCAGUGGCCACUGCGGUCAACUUACCGUGUGCCCGCACAUUGGACGAAAACAGUAACCUGAUCCUCUCCUUUGGACCCAAACUACGCCGACCCAGACCGGUGCCGCGGGAAACUAACUCUCUCACGGACUCUUGUCAUCGACUUUAAUACGCAGCUCGGCUCGUCUCAGGACGUCAGCGCUUACCUGUUGCCACAGCUAAUGCAGGCAAUUGCCCACGUAUCCAUACCUACCUUUCCAACAAUUGGACUGCGUAGGUUUGUGUCCUGGGUUCCUUCCCGGUCAACCUAAAGUAUCGACACCAAGACCGAGCGGAUCUUACUUGGUCUCCUUAUGCAUCGAUACUACUACGCACCUCCCUCAACAAGAGACGGUACGGCUUUGCGGCGUGUCCUGAACCUAACCUUGGCCGGACCAUUCCAUCCAAGGAGAGACUACUCGGCUUUCCAGAAACCGUCCGGUUUCUAUUCUCCCGUAUAGAGACAAUCU